CCAGACUGUGUUUUCAGGCGUACAGGAGGUUGAAUAACAGGAAGAGGAGCAGCAGCCACUAUGGCGGAGACGCACAGCUUGCAGGACCUGCGGCAAGCAGCCGUCGCCUCCAAGGUUUUUGUUCAGAGAGACUACACCUCUGGUACCAUCUGCAAGUUUCAGACCAAGUUCCCCACAGAGCUGGAGACCAGGAUUGACAAGCAGCAGUUUGAAGAGACCAUGCAGACCCUGAAUAAUCUAUAUGCAGAAGCAGAGAAGCUUGGGGGCAGGUCAUAUCUGGAGGGCUGUCUGGCUUGCCUCACUGCAUACACAAUCUUCCUCUGUAUGGAGACCCACUAUGAAAAAGUACUGAAAAAGAUCAGCAAGUACAUCCAGGAGCAGAAUGAGAAGAUCUAUGCUCCUCUUGGUCUACUCCUCACAGAUCCCAUAGAGAGGGGGCUCAGAGUUGUGGAAAUCACUAUUUUUGAGGAUAGAAGUAUUGGCUCAAGAUAAAACACACCAAAGGAUCAUGUGUUAAACAUGAUUAUUGGCCUGCUGGACUCAGAACCUGCUUCUCCAUCUCAUGAUAUCAGACCCUAAUGCUUUAACUAUCAAACUAGAUACAUUUGAUAUCUUUGUUUUCAGCUUAUUCCUCCAAUUGAUUUUUUGUUUUCAUAGAGGGAUAGAGUAAUAUAUAUGUAUAUGUGUGUAUCUUACCAAAACUCACCAAAUCAGCUUUCCCUCAGUUAGCAGCUCCCCAAACUCUUACUAAACAGAAUUAUUUAAAAUUUGUGUUGUGCCAUGUUAUUUUAUAAUGCUGCAUUAAAAAUAUAUGUUUUUUGUAUAUACCUGUCUCUAUUGAGAAGUAUAGAUUAAGUGCACAAUGCUUGUUCACAUUGCAGAUGCAUCAUUAUUUUGUCUGGAUCUUCUGUGAUUCCACUCAAUCUUGUGCUUGUUAAAAUGGUCAUACUAACAAUAAUGAAGAAGCUUCAGUUUUGCGUACAUGGAAAGAUUUGUUGUGUUGAAUGGUUUUGUUUAGUAAUGAUCAGUUGAGUAAUUCAACUGAUCAUCGUUCCAUUCCAUGGUGCCCAUCUACAGAAUACUGUUUACUUUUCCUUGCAUUUUUAACACUACUUUUUUACUAUAUUUACCAGUGGACUACUGUACUUUUAUUGGGGUCUGCGAUAUAAUCCUCAUUACACACAAAUGCCAUAAAAACCUUAAAGCAUGGUUGCAUUUAAAAUUGCAUACCCUCCUUGUAUUUUCAACUGCUGUCAGUCAGUUGAACCUGUUUCUUGUGUAAUUCUUUUUAUCUGUGUUGUAUCAAUGUCUUUUUUGAAAAUAUUUUGACACUUAUUUAGGCUAUGUAUCUUACAAUAAAUUAAAGUGUUUUCAUCAAAAAAUGCA